GUUUAAUCAGAGGUGGUGUGAUGCGCGUACUGUGACGCUCGAAGAUGCUUACAAGCAGUUUUUUGUUACCGCGCGACGGGCGUGACGCGAUUAACAACGACAACACUGAAGAAUUUAUCGCGUCAUGGUAGAUAAUCGAGCACCCAUUAAUUCAGAAAAUAAGUAUUGUACGGUAAAUGCAGAUCAGGACGACCCAAGGGAAACACGCGUGAAAGAAACGAUGCCUUCGGAACUGAGGUCGAUCAGCGUGGCCGACUGGGUUACAGUCGCGGUCCUUUGUUUCGUAAAUCUCAUAAAUUAUAUGGACCGCUUUACGAUUGCUGGAAUAUUGACUUACAUCAAGCAUGACUUUGAUAUUGGCGACGAUAAGUCUGGGCUAUUGCAAACAGCAUUCAUUUUGAGCUAUAUGAUAUUUGCACCAUUAUUUGGAUAUUUAGGAGAUCGUUAUAAUAGAAAAUUUAUUAUGAGUGGUGGUGUAUUUUUAUGGUGCCUAACAACAUUUAUUGGUUCUUAUAUGAAGACCUUUGGAUGGUUCCUAUUCUUUAGGACACUUGUUGGCAUAGGAGAAGCUAGUUACUCUACAAUUGCACCAACAAUUAUUAGUGAUUUAUUCAUAAAAGAUGUACGUUCUAAGAUGCUCGCCCUAUUUUACUUCGCUAUUCCAGUUGGAAGUGGUUUAGGAUAUAUCACUGGAGGUGAAACAACUCGUAUUACUGGUCAGUGGCAAUGGGGAUUACGUAUUACUCCAGUAUUAGGAAUUAUAGCGAUUCUUCUAUUACUCUUUGUAGUAAGAGAUCCUAUCAGAGGUGAACGUGAAGGAGGUGUUCAUUUGACAAGUACCACAUGGUCAUAUGAUAUCAAGCAGUUAUUAAAAAAUUCAAGUUUUAUGCUGUCUACUGCAGGAUUUACUUGCGUAGCAUUUGUCACUGGUGCGUUGGCAUGGUGGGCGCCAACAUAUUUACAAUUAGGUUUCCAAUUACUUCCUUAUGAAGCAAAAGUUGAUCCAGAGGAUGUUGCAUAUAAGUUUGGAUUAAUUGGUAUGGCAUCUGGUUUAAUAGGUGUACCUUUAGGCUCUGCUAUAGCACAAAAAUUACGAACUUACUGGCAACAAGCUGAUCCUCUGAUAUGUGCCGUCGGCCUUUUAAUAAGUGCUCCUUUAUUAUUCUUCGCUAUGAUUACUGCCAAUACAAAUUCUACUCUUUGUUAUAUAUUAAUAUUUUUCGGUCAGUUAUCACUGAAUUUGAAUUGGGCUAUUGUAGCAGACAUAUUACUGUAUGUAGUAAUUCCCACAAGAAGGUCUACUGCAGAAGCAUUCCAAAUACUCAUUGCACAUGCUCUUGGAGAUGCAGGCAGUCCUUAUCUUAUUGGACUUAUAUCAGAAGGAUUAAAGUCCAGAUUUUUGUCAGAUGUAGGAAGACAAUCUAAUAUUUAUGAUAGUCAAAAUGUAACCAUUGAGUUCCAUAGCCUACAAUAUGCAAUGUUUCUUACAAUGUUUGUAGAAGUAUUCGGUGCUCUAUUCUUCUUCCUGACAGCAUUGCAUAUACAAAAGGACAAGGCAUUAGUCGAUCUUGCUAUUGCGGGUGGAAGUCUUUCCGAUUCAGUAUGUAUUUGCAACGACGCAGUUAACAGCGAAUUACAAAACGAUACAAACACUAUAUUGGAAUUUAAUAGACACGUGGAACCAUCUGACUAGAUUUUUGUAGGGUCUUAAUACUUUUAAUAAGCUACGAAUAUAUUGUUACAAAUGUACAGUAUAAUUUUAUCAAACAUAAAUAUUUUGUUUUUAUGAUAUAAAAUGUUUAUUGAUACAAGGAUAUGUACAGGGUCGGAUUAAGGUUUUUGCCACUCCUAGGUAGUAAAAUUCUUGCCGCUCCCAUUUAACUGUCUAAUAACCAUAUUGGCGUAAAGAACAAAAAAGGUCAUUUAAAGGGAUUGAGCAGCCUUAUCUUUAUUGUAUGUUUAUGUCUGACCAAAAAAAUUGGUUAUCUUUAGAACUCUUUGAAAAAAAAAAAUGCCGCCCCUAAGCAAUAACCUCUAAUACUAAUAUGGUACUGGAGCUAUAAUAUGAGCAUAUUGGAGCAUGUGAUGCAAACAAAGCUCUAGUGAUCGAUGAAAAAUUUUCUCAAUUAUUCGCAUGGCAAAAAAUCGUUACUUUUUAGAACUUAUUUUCAAAAAAUGCCUCCUCUAGACUAUAGUCUAGGUUAGAUUCUAGUGCUAAUAUGGCACUAUGUGUCAAUAAACAUUUUAUUAUACAGGAUAUUAUAUGCAGAAUGUAUAUAUAUGCAAAGAAAGUUUUCAUAUAAUCAUAUAAUAGUGAAGAGUACCCUCAGAGAGAUAGUCGCGUAAGUUACCACUGUUAAUGUACAGUACCAUAGAUUUGCAAACAACGAAGCUGUUAGAGUUUGGAUGAAAAAAGAGAGGUGCACAA